AUGUCUGCUCGCCCUUUGUCGCAAUGCCUUCGUGCUCGCUGCCUUCUCCGCGGACCUCAGAACACUAAGGGCUUCUCGACCCGAAGCACUCUCCGCGCCGCUGACCACGGUGAUCACUAUGACCCUCCCACCGGAUGGCUUUUCGGAGUGAAGCCAGGUCAGAAAUAUGUGAAGGAAGGCUGGGAAAACAUUUGGUACUACGGAUUCAUUGGCAGUUUGCUCGCUGCUGGCGUUGCAUACAUUUUCAAGCCCGAUACCUCGAUACAAACAUGGGCUUUGGAGGAGGCCCGACGAAGGCUAGAGGCCGAGGGCAUCUUGGAGGACCCUGACAAGGUUCAGCACAAGUGA